AGUGGAUUUAAUGCCGUUCUCGUAAUUGUGUAGAGAAAGUCCAAAAGAAAGUCUCAUAUAUGCAUCAUAACAUGUUCAACCCAAGUUGCUUCCUAAAUAUAUUGGCCACCUUGAAUUUCUAUGGUUAUUAUUAAAACCCCAUGAAAAAUGUCACACUCGAAUGAAACCAGAAAUUUUGGCGCGUGAUUUCUCUGAUUCAACGACUUGAGAGUUUGGCCCAAGAAAUCACUCUGCAAUUUCCAUAUCCACCAAGUAGUAAUAGGAUUUUCCAAACACUUACCUAUUAAGAUUCUAGAAAAAUAUACGAUUUUAUGAACCCAUUACUUUCAAUAAAGUAAUAAUCAAAUCAUACGCUAUAUGGUUUACCAUCUUUAUUUUAUUUAUCUAUUUCCGCUUUCUCCUUUCUUCUUCUUCUUCUUCUUCGUCAUCAAUGAUUUAUAACUUUUUGGUAAGAAUACAAGUACCAUAAAACAAAACCCCUCUUUUUUCUAAUUUCCUCUUCAUUACUUUAUUUGUAUCUUCUCUGUAAUUAUUUCAUUACCAUAUUUAUAUAACAGCCCUUCCACAGCCCGCCCCUGUUCAGUGGAGAUGGAUUUUUUUGAGAAAACAAAAGCAGUCAAAUUAAAAAGCCAUCUCGACAAGUACUUGGUGGCCGACGACGAUGAAGAAACCACCAGACAGAGCCGGAACGGCAAAGCGAGAAAAGCCCGGUGGCUAGUUGAGGUGGUUAACGGCGGCGGUGUUAUCCGGCUGAGGAGUUGCCACGGGAAGUAUUUAACGGCGACGAACGAGCCCUUCCUUCUGGGGAUGACCGGGCAUAAAGUCCACUUAACAAAGCCGGAAAACAUGAAGGAUGAGAGAAUUGAAUGGGUGCCCAUAAGGGAUGGUUUCCAAGUGAAGUUAAGGAGUUAUGUCGGGACUUAUUUACGCGCCAACGGAGGGACGCCGCCGUGGCGGAAUUCGAUCACUCACGACAAACCUCAGACGGGUUCGAGUUAUAACUGGAUUCUGUGGGAGGCGGAGGCGGUGGAGAUACCGGAGGACGAGCCUCUGAUUGAGUAUUUGUCGAUUCUGUCCAACUUGUCGUCGGUUUCCGAUGAAAUAUCCAGUUUGGAUCUCGGGUCGCCCAUGUCAACGCAUUCGGGUUUUAGUUCCCCUAGGAAAACGUCAACAACACCAAGAAAGCAGAGCUUUAACCGGAGUUCGUCUGUGAGGAUUCCGGCGAUGGAACUUUUCCACAACGCAAAGGCGGUGCGAUUGAAGAGUGUUCACAACAAGUACUUGACGGCUGAAGACGACGAGGAAUCGGUGACUCAAGACCGUAACGGCUCCUCCAAGGAAGCUAGAUGGACAGUCGAGUACGUCGAGAAUUCCGAUCAUGUUAUCCGUUUGAAAAGCUGUUACAACCGUUACUUGUCGGCCUCCAACCAGCCUUUUCUGUUGGGAAUGACUGGGCGUAAGGUACUUCAGACUCGACCUCAGAGGCUUGAUUCGUCUGUGGAAUGGGAACCCAUUAGAGAAGGGGAUCAGGUGAAGCUUAAAACUAGGUACGGACAGUUCUUGAGAGCAAAUGGCGGCCUCCCACCUUGGAGGAACUCGGUUACUCAUGAUAUUCCUCAUCGUACUUCAACUCAAGAUUGGAUUUUGUGGGAUGUUCACGUUGUCGAAAUUGUGGUUCAAUCCCCUGUUCCUAAACCGCCUCCGCCUCUGGUUCACCAUUCGGACUCUUUUGCUUCUGAUUCAACUUCUCCCUCGACUCACUCUUCCAAAUCCGCGAGUUUUUCACGACAGGAGUCUGGUGAUUCUUUGGGGAGUUCACCACCAAAAGCAGGGGAUGGGAGAUUAAUUUAUUACAGUAUUGCUGAUGAAUAUGGAGAUGUUGAUGAGGGAUUCGAGGGUCUCUCUAUUUCGUUUAAAGGGAAUGGGGUUCAAGAAUUGAGGAAAAGAUUGGAGGAAGAGACAGGUUUGGAGGAUAUUAUUGUGUGUACUAGGAGUCCUUUGAACGGGAAGCUUUACCCGCUUCGUUUGCAGCUUCCUCCAAAUAAUGCUACUAUGCAUGUUAUUGUGCUUCAAUCCUCUUCUAGAGGUAAACAUUUCACUCCGAAUUGCUCUUCAUUCAGUGUGAUCAUUUAGGAACUAAUGUUAAUGUUGAAAAUUUGAAACUGUCUUGAGUAGAACCCUCCCCCGUCAAUCAUUGUUUUCGUUUAUAUGAUUCUAAACGCAUGCGUUAAUGUUUUUUAGUGUUAUGGUCUUUGCAUAGUGUGAUCAACUUGUCAACAUUCAUUUCAAAAUAAAAAACUCAUCAACAUUUAUAGGAUGAAUGAAAUGUUUUGAAGCUUAAUUGAAGAGUUGCUUAAAAUGACUUGUGAAUGAUGGUUAGGUACCAAAUAAGAAACACACUAACUUGGGCUUUGUGUAUCAAAAAGAAUCACUCUGUGCUGCUGUCUUGUUCUAACCAAUAAGAUAAUCUUAUAUAAGCAUUAUUGGACAACCACAACAUUGUCAACCGAUGAAAACUAUAAAAUCAGCUUUAUGGAAAUUGGUAAAAUAGAAUAUCGUCGAACCUCUUUAACUCAUUGCUUCUCUUUGAUGUAUCAGCUGCUAGAAGCCUUACCUAGCCAAUGAUCAUGGUGAAGUGAGUUUUGAAGUUUGGUGCCCGCUCAAUCGGCACAAGUAGCCGCACUGUGAUUAUACUACUCCGCAUAUUUUGGAGCUGCAUUGGGAUUGGUAUUGGUAUUGCCGCAUGUUUGGCACAAGUUUGGAGCCGAGACCAUGAUAUUAUAUUGAAUCUUUGAUAAGUUUUGUAAAUAUAGGCCUCAUUUUGGGAUUCAGAAGCAGUAAGUUUGUCCCUUCUCUUUUUUUGGUAUGGAGGAGCGUAGGAAGAGGGACUCAUUUUUAUGGGUUCUCUUUAAUGGAGAUAUUAGACUUUAGUGUUUUUUUUUUCCUCUUCCUUUUUCGGCCUGGGAUUUUAUUUUAUACUUAUUAUAUUGUAAUUUAUGUCUAGUAUAUUCAAACUUAUUUUUUGCUUGACCAAAACAUUGGAAAAGGUGGGCAAGAAAGGAUGUCAAACGACCUCAAAAUUGGGUGUAAAAAUAACUUUGUCACCUAAUAUUGGCAUAUUCUAAUGGAUCGAUCUUAAGAUCAACCACCAUUCACCAAGGCACAAACAAAACCAAUGAACCUAAAACAUCAAGUCUACCUCUCCUUGACCUCUUUAUGAUUGGAAGUUGGGAGUCUUAUUUUCUUAAUACUGAAGCGGACCAUGGGAAAACUAGUGCGUUAGACCAAGUCUCCCACAUGCUGUCUUCUUAAAUUAGCCAUCAAAAUUUAGUUUAGUAAGCUACACUGCAAAAUUGAGCUUUCUGAAACUCGAAUUGUUGGUAUAAUUCGCUAUGUGAAGAAUAAACUACACUGUAAAUUACCAGUAGUCCAUGCAAGAACAUAAGCCAUCUUGAAAAUGAUGGAACCUUAAUCGAUCUCUAACAAUGACUUCAACUUUGAAAAUCUUGGAUAUUAACUUCAUCACCGUGUGACAAUCUCUGCAAAUUCGCAAGUUCUUGAAAAUACGAAUUGGCAACCCUGGUUUCGAAUUCAAAAGUGCAAAUGCAACAGCAAGCCUCUCGCUAUGCAACCUAAGGGCUAGCCCCUUCCCAUCAGAGGAUUCGUCUAUCAUGGCUGCCGGUGAAGUGUCAGUAACAUACCCAAUUGACUUCAAUUUUUCUUCAAUAAGUUUUAGAUGCUGGUAAAUUUCUUUUGUUUGAGGAUGAGAUGUAUCUCCAGCGAAAAAUUCAUGAGCAAAGCCGCCGACUUCAACUAGACUACAACCAGGCUCUUUGUUUACACCCUUUUCAGUCAUCAAUUUCCUAAUCAUACCAACCUCGUUCCAACGAUCGGCAGAUGCAUAUACUCUGGAUAAAAGCACAUACUCGCCGCUACUAUCGCUGCCUUUCGCCUCAAUCAUCUGUCUGCAUAUUUCCUCAGUAAGUUCCAAACCUGCAUUUUGCUUGCAACAAGCAUCAAGUAGACACCUCCAAAUGAUCAAAUCUGGUUUCAUCGGCAUACUGGUUACAAUAUUAAGAGCUUCAUCAAUAAGGCCUGCUCGAGCAAGAAGAUCAACAAGACAACCAUAAUGUUCCAAAACAGGCUCGAUGUUAUACUCAUUCUUCAUCUUCUUGAAAUAUUCUCUACCUUCAUCAACAAAACCUCUAUGACUACAUGCGCUCAAAAUACCAAGAAAUGUGAUCGAAUUUGGAACUAGACCAUCAUCAACCAUUCUUCCAAAAUACUCCAAAGCCGCCUCAACCUUCCCAUGCAUUGCAAAACCUAAGAUAAUUGAAUUCCAUGAAUUGACAUCGCGAAUCUCCAUCCCCUCAAAAACUUGCACGGCAAAAUUCAAUGCUCCGCAUUUAAAAUACAUUUCAACCAAAGAAUUAUUUACCAAAACCUCAAUAUUGGGAUCAUAUUUACACUUCUUUAGUACGUAAAGAUGAGCCCAUAUCCCUAAAGACAGAGCCCCUAAACCAGCACAAGCAGCUAUGAGACUCUGCACGGUAUAUCCAUCAGGCUCAAACAACAUUUGCAUCUCAGUGAACAUUCUCAACGCAUCUUCAUAUUCACCGAACUCAGCUAAAGCAUUUAUCAUAGCAUUCCACGACACAACACUUCGCUCAGGCAUUUUCUCAAACACUUUCCUCGCAUACUUCAAGCAUCCGCAGGACGAAUAGAAAUGGAUCAAACUAUUGUUUAUGUACAUAUCUGAACCGAACCCACGUUUAACAGCUUGUGCAUGAACUUGUUUUCCCUCCAAUAAAGCAAACAAAUAAGCACAAGCUUUAAGGACGAAGGGAAAAGUGUAGUUGUCAGGUACAACGUUUACUUGAUCCAACAUUUGGUAAAAGACGAAUAAUGAUUUUUGCUUGUGGUCUGGGCUGUAAGAAUAUGCUCUGAUGAGAGUGUUCCAGACAAAUGAGCCGUAUUCAUCGGGGCCGGUGCGGAAAAAUUGAGCAUGGAUUUGUUUGAGAUGAGAGAGGUCGGUGCAUUGGUGACUUUGGUGUAAGAGAGGCACUAUAUGGGUGGGAGCAGGGGUGGUAACUGAAGUUGAGACGGGAGGAGUGGUUGCGCCGGUGACGGAUAUCAGAGGUCCGGCGACGGUUGCAAGCAUAAUGUAAGCUAAAAUAUUUGGCCCGUCAGCUGCUAUUUCGUCUUAAAUUGAUGAGUUCGAUACUUCGAUUAAAACAUCGGCUUUUGGUUUUGGGUUGGGUCCUCCUGCGAAGUGCUAAAACACACGUUGACUCUUCAGAGUUGUUGACACGAC